AUGAGUGAACAAUUGGGGGUGCUAAAAGUCAUAGUUGUGCAAGGAAGAAGAUUGGUGAUUAGGGACUUCAAGACAAGUGAUCCUUAUGUUGUGCUCAAACUAGGCAAUCAGACUGCAAAGACCAAGGUCAUUAAUAGCUGCUUGAAUCCUGUCUGGAAUGAAGAGCUGAAUUUCACUUUGACAGAACCCUUGGGAGUUCUCAAUUUGGAAGUAUUUGAUAAAGAUCUUUUGAAAGCUGAUGACAAGAUGGGAAAUGCAUUUAUCAACCUUCAACCAUUAGUCUCCGCAGCAAGAUUAAGAGAUAUUUUAAAAGUCUCUUCCGGCGAGACAACGUUACGAAAGGUUAUACCUGAUACUGAUAACUGUCUUGUACGCGAAAGCAGUAUCAAUUGCGUUAAUGGCGCGGUUGUGCAAAAUGUUUGGUUAAGGCUUCGUGAAGUCGAAUCCGGGGAACUAGAAUUGACACUCAAGUUAACCAAACCUGUCGCUCCUUCAAAAUAG